CUCUUUGCAGGACGUCACUGGGUUCUGCAGGAGCCCGAGCCACCCGAGCCGCUGGAGCCGCCGGAGCCUCCAGAGCCGCUGAAGCCGCCACCGCCGCAUUGGUGCAAGGGAGCCAGGCUGCUGCAGAGUGCGCGCUAGGUAGGGCGAGAUGGCAUCGGCCACGGACUCCCGCUAUGGGCAAAAGGAAUCCUCCGACCAGAACUUUGAUUACAUGUUCAAGAUUCUCAUCAUUGGGAACAGCAGCGUGGGGAAGACAUCCUUCCUUUUCCGGUAUGCCGAUGAUUCAUUCACCCCAGCCUUUGUCAGCACUGUGGGCAUAGAUUUCAAGGUGAAGACCAUCUAUCGCAAUGAGAAGAGAAUCAAGCUGCAGAUCUGGGACACAGCUGGGCAGGAGCGAUACCGGACCAUCACCACGGCCUACUACCGAGGGGCCAUGGGCUUCAUCCUCAUGUAUGACAUCACCAACGAGGAAUCCUUCAAUGCAGUCCAGGACUGGUCAACCCAGAUCAAGACGUAUUCGUGGGACAACGCACAGGUGCUGCUCGUGGGAAACAAGUGUGACAUGGAGGACGAAAGGGUUGUGUCCUCCGAGAGGGGCCGGCAGCUGGCAGAGCACCUGGGAUUUGAGUUCUUUGAGGCCAGCGCCAAGGACAAUAUCAACGUGAAACAGACCUUCGAGCGACUGGUGGACAUCAUCUGUGAGAAGAUGUCGGAAUCCCUGGACACGGCCGACCCCGCCGUGACUGGAGCCAAGCAGGGCCCCCAGCUCACAGACCAGCAGGCGCCCCCCCACCAGGACUGUGCCUGUUAAGGCCCUGCGCCCAGGCUCUGUCCUUCCUCAGCGGUCACUAGCAUUCCCCCUGCUGCUCUCCCACCCCCCACGGGUCACUCUCCUCGUGUGCCCCCCACUCCCCCACUCCAGGGCCAGAGCCCCAAGCCCUCGGGGAGAGUGAGCUCAGCAGGGAAGGAUGGUCUAGUAGGCCUUUACAGCCUCCCCCGUCCUUAGUCUUCCCAGAGCUCUUAGGAGCUUCUAUUCCUCUAACUUAUUUAAUUUAUUAAGCUAUUUAUUUAUUUGGAGACUUGUUAAAGAGAACGUGCCCUACUUGCUGAAGCCCAUCUCUGCAUCCCCCAUCCCGUUCUUUCUCUCCAUCUCCCAUCCUCCAAUGGGCUGAUCUCCUUAGCCCCAAACAAUGGGGAGGACUGGGCCCCCGGGCCCCACUCAGGGGCUGUGCCCUGCAAUUCCUCCCAGCUGCUGGGUCCCUCUUUACUCCUCGACCUUGGUCCCUGUAGAAAACCCCCUCCCCCUCCCUCUCGCCGUCUUCCUCCUUGUACAUAUGAGACUGAACCCUGUACAUAGGAUUAGUGAGUGGUCCCGGUGUGUUCCAUGCUGUGCUGACUUGUGCCCACGGAUUUCUUUUAGCCACUUGGUGUCGGUUUGUUUAACAUCACUUCUAAAACCCAGCAUUUCAGGGCAGAACAUAGCAAACUGCUCCUCCCCGUCUCUGGGAGCAGAUGUCAGAAGCUGGCUGGGAGCCCCUGACCUUUCACGUGACCUCUGGCCCGCUCAGGUUUGCACAAGACGAGGGGCUCAGGGCUCGUCCUCAGGAAGGUCUGGUCUGGCUUGGCUGCUGGUACAUUUGGCUUAAAUUAUUCAGAACACCUUGGACAGGGGUGGGGAGUGGCCCUGCCUGGCCCCAACUCCCCUCCCAGGUUCCGGGAGACUUUGGGGGGGAGAGAGGGGGCACCAAGGAGCAUGUUUCCUUCAGGUCGUCUGCUCCCAUGUGUUUGUAUAAUUGUUUCACAUGAAGAAUGUGAGUUAGUGACGUAUCAGCAACCAAACUCGAGUAUCCCUUCUUUUUCAUUUCUGGGGGGUGGGGGGGGGGAUGAGGGGGUUCCCUAAAGGCUCAUCUAGCGAAAGCUCCUCUUGGUGUGGUUUUCCCGAGGCCCUUCUGGGAGGGCUGCACUGUACUGUACAGAUGUGACAAGUGUCAAACAAGAGUGUUUCCUAAAUCACUGUAUCAGAGGUGUCGUGAAAACAAUAAAAUCCUUCUGAGCCCGG